UACUAUUGGAGUGUUAGAAAAAGUUGAAACUUGAAAGAAACGAAGGAAGCUGAGAAGAACGAGAGGAAACUACAGUUGACACUAACACACCUCAACGAAGAACACAAAGCUCCGUCUUUUCUUCUCUCUCUCUCUCUCUCUCUCUUCACCUACCAUUCAACCAUGUCUGCUCCUUACUCUGAGGCAUGCCCUUCUGUGAAGAACAUCCUUCUUCUGGAUUCCGAUGGGAAGCGUGUAGCGGUCAAAUAUUUCUCAGAUGACUGGCCAACAAAUGCUGCAAAGGAAGCUUUCGAGAGAGUUGUAUUCACCAAGACUCAGAAGACCAAUGCUCGCACUGAGGCUGAGAUAGCAAUGUUCGAGAAUUACAUUGUUGUUUACAAAUUUGUUCAAGACCUUCACUUCUUUGUUACUGGAGGAGAUGACGAAAACGAGCUUAUCUUAGCCACAGUCCUUACAGCUUUUUUUGAUUCCGUUGGCACUCUGCUCAGAGGCAAUGUGGACAAGAGGGAAGCACUUGAAAACUUGGAUCUCAUCCUAUUGUGCAUUGAUGAAAUUGUGGAUGGCGGCAUCAUUCUUGAGACUGAUCCAAAUGUUAUUGCUGGGAAAGUUGCAAGUAAUAGUAUAGAUUCUGCUGCUCCUCUGUCUGAACAGACACUAACUCAAGCAUUUGCCACAGCAAGGGAGCAUUUUACAAGAUCCCUACUUAAAUGAUCCGUAUGGUUUUUCGCAAUGGAGGAAACAUGUCUGUUGGUCUCUUAGAAACGUUUAUAAGAAUCUCACUUGUUAUUGUAUUCUGAACCUGGAUGAUGAUGACGCUUGAGCUGUGAAAAGUUACUUUUGCAUGAGAAUAUAGUUCUAUUUUUUUUUCUUCUUUUUAAACA